AUGUGCAGCAUUCUGUCAUCCACCACUCAAGAAAAACACAACAUGGUCAUCAUGAGACACAAUCGUGACCUGUUGAAGUUGGGCGAGAACCAGACGUUCUCCUGGACGAUCUGGGUUGAAUCCUGGACAUUCUGCCCGUUGUUCUUCUGCCAUGUGGCAAUUCUCCAGCACCCCGAGCCGCCAGCGCCUGAUUCCUGGGGCAAGGGCGAUUCUGGGCUCGAGGGCACCGGCCACGAUAGCACCCUUUCCGUUGCGCGAGCAGCCGGUGACACCGAGGCGGGUAGGGUCAAUGCCAGUCUGAGCCUGGGUGAGCUCGAGCGCGUCGACAAUGCGGGAGACACCCCAGGCCCAUGCGGUGAGCGCACCGGCCGAGUGGCUAGACCCGUACAGGUCGUAGAACUUGCCACGGCCGCGGGAAGAGCCGCCCUGCUGCUGGGCAAUGUCGUCGUUAUUGAAGUUGAUGGUGGCCACGCCAGCAGGGACAGGGAGGGACGCGCCAAAGGUGCCAAAGUUGAUAAUGGCCGGGUGCGGACCCGCCCCGGAAGGACGGUUGUUGAUGGAGACGGCGAAGGAAAUGGACCUGCCACCCUCAGAGACCGAGAUGGAAAGCGUGCUUCCUGA